CUCAUUCUUCACAACCCUUCCUAUCUCUCUCUCUUUCUCUCUUUCUUAUCAGGUAUAUUGUUUACAACUCCUUAUCAAUUAUCUAUGAUGGUGCAACAGUUUCAUCAUCAACAUCAACUAACGGUGAAGAUGGAUACCAUGUUGAUGAGGAAGAAGGAGAAGGAGAAAUCAGAGAAGAACAAAACCACCAACAUGGAGAAAGAGAAGCUUCAAUUUCAAAUACUGGACUUGAGUUGCUUGUCCUUGAGCUCUCUUCCUAAACCUUCACUUGAUUUAGCUACCAUUAGCAAAUUGGACCUGUCUAAUAACAAUCUUCAGGAAAUACCGGAGUCGUUAACAGCGAGAUUGCUGAACUUGGAGGAGUUGGACGUGCGCUCCAAUCAACUCACAUCUCUUCCCAACUCCAUUGGCUGCCUCUCAAAGCUCAAGCUCUUGAAUGUUUCUGGCAACUUCAUUGAAUCCCUCCCCAAAACCAUUGAGAAUUGCAGUGCCUUAGAAGAACUGAAUGCCAAUUUCAACAAGUUGAGCAAGCUGCCAGACACAAUUGGGUUUGAGCUCAUAAACCUCAAGAAGCUCGCAGUCAAUUCCAACAAGUUGGUGCUCCUUCCAAGCUCUACCUCUCACCUAACAGCUCUAACGGUUCUCGACGCACGCCUGAACUGUCUCAGAGCUCUCCCCGAAAACCUUGAGAAUCUCAUCAACCUAGAGACCCUCAAUGUGAGUCAGAACUUCCGGUACCUGGACACACUCCCCUACUCCAUAGGGCUCCUCCUGUCCCUGGUUGAACUGGAUGUUAGCUACAACAAUAUCAAGACCUUGCCUGACUCCAUUGGGUGCCUCAUGAAGCUCCAAAAGCUAAGUGUGGAAGGAAACCCACUUGUUUCACCUCCAAUGGAAGUGGUGGAGCAGGGGCUACAUGUGGUUAAGGAAUUCAUGUGCCAUAAGAUGAACUCAGAACAUAAAAUCCCAACCAAGAGGUCAUGGAUAAGGAAACUGGUUAAAUUGGGGACCUUCAAUGGAUACGAGAGAAGAGGGAAACGAUCAGAACACAAAGGUAUCGACAUGCUUCAGUAUCAACCCAUCAAUGGUCUUGCUACACCAGGCUUCUUGGGGAAGUUUUCACCUCUUCGCCUAUUCUCACCCCGCCGUUCCUUCAGUCGAGAAGCAACUGAAUACUUCUGAAAAUCCCUGUCUGUUGAAGAGUUUUACUCAGUGUGUUGAAUUCUACAAUCAAGCGUGUGAUAUAUAGGAAUGGGGACGAUAGCUGGUUAGGUUGUAUGUAUCAGAAUAGGAGAGUGCAUGUAUAUGAUUUGAAAAUGGUUGAGUGGUUUGUGAAACUUUGUAUGCCUAUUUAUAUAAAGUAUAUUCAGAUGUUAAAUUAAUAGCUGAAAACAAAAUAAAAUGGGCGAGUCUAGUUUUUUCUUUC